AUGAAACUAAAAAGAGGGUACGAUGAGCUAAUAAAAGCGGACGGCGUCAAGGAAAUAGUGAAGGAAUUAGGAUCCUCAUCUCUAGACGUUGCUCUUCCUGAGGAAUAUAUUGCUAGACAUGAAGAAAAGUUCAAUAUGGCUUGCGAAUACAUUUUGGAGAAAGAUCCAUCCCUUUUUCCCUUACUUAAAAAUAACGAAUUUACGCUGUACUUAAAGGAGACUCAAGUCCCUGAUACACUUGAGGAAUAUUUUAUCAGGCUUGCAAGUACAAUUUUGUCUCAACAGAUUAGUGGUCUAGCAGCCAAAAGUAUCAAGGCAAGGGUUGUAAGUCUCUAUGGUGGUGCAUUUCCAGACUAUAAAGUGCUAUUCGAAGACUUCAAAGAUCCAGUAAAAAGUGCAAAGAUUGCAAAAUGUGGACUGAGUAAAAGAAAAAUGAUAUAUCUGGAAUCUCUUGCCGCCUACUUUACUGAAAGAUAUAAGGAUGUCGAAAAGCUUUUCAGUCAAGAAGAUAACGAUGAAGAAGUGAUUAACAGCUUAGUUACGAAUGUGAAGGGAAUAGGUCCAUGGAGCGCUAAAAUGUUCUUGAUUUCCGGACUGAAACGAAUGGAUGUGUUUGCUCCUGAAGAUCUGGGUAUCGCUAGAGGUUUUUCAAAAUAUCUUUCAGAUAAACCAGAACUGGAAAAAGAACUAAUGCGUGAAAGGAAAGUAGUAAAAAAGAGUAAGAUAAAACAUAAAAAAUACAAUUGGAAGAUAUAUGACGAUGAUGUAAUGGAGAAAUGCUCUGAAAUAUUUGCUCCUUAUAGGUCUGUGUUCAUGUUCAUACUUUGGAGACUUUCGAGCACGGAUACGGAAGCCAUGAUGAAGGCAGAAAAGGAUUUUGUGAAGUCUUAA